AUGUCUUCACAAGAUGCGACCUCUGCUCAAUCUUCCAUCUCCAACUCUUCCUCCUCUUCCUUUGCUUCCCCUUCUUCUCCUCCUCCUCCUCCUCCUCCUCCUCCUCCUUCGGACCCUCGCACAGACCACUCCCGUCAUCGAAAUUUCUACCGACAAAUUCUUCCGCCGUUUAUUCGCGUGUUGGGCUACUCCACCGCCAUCUAUUUCUCUCUGCAACUCCUCUGGACCUACCUGGAUGCUCGCGAACAGACACAAUUGGAGCAGGAGGAGAAGGAUAGAUUGAUCAGGAUGGUCCGGGAAAAAAGGGAGAGGGGUGUUGAGGCUGGAGGCGCAGGAAUAAUGAACGAGCGAGAAGUGACAAGGGGUUGGUGGGGAUGGAUCAGAGGUCAGGAAUAG